AUGGGCUACAUUAGUGAAUGGCCUAAACGGUUUUUGAAAAUAUUUAUGCAGGUAUUUAGUCAAUAUCAGGUUGACCUCUUAAUUGAUAAUGAAGCAGAGAAAGAUUAUCUGUAUGAUGUACUGCGGAUGUACCACCAAUCAAUGAAUCUUCCAGUGUUGGUUGGUGAUCUGAAGUAUGUAAUCAAUGAACCAAGUCGACUACCACUGUUUGAGGCCAUUUGUCCUCUUAUUCCAUUAAAACACCAGGUGGAAUAUGAUCAGUUGACACCUAAACGAACAAGGAAACUGAAGGAAGUGAGAUUGGAUCGUCUGCAUCCUGAAGGCCUUGGAAUAAGUGUGCGAGGAGGUGCUGAAUUUGCUUGUGGCCUGUUUAUUUCACAGCUAAUAAAAGGAGGACAAGCAGACAAUGUUGGACUUCAGGUUGGAGAUGAGAUUGUUCGAAUUAAUGGUUACUCUAUUUCUUCAUGCACUCAUGAAGAAGUCAUCAAUCUUAUACGAACAAAGAAAACAGUAUCUAUAAAAGUGCGACAUGUUGGGAUGAUACCCGUUAAAAGUUCCCCAGAUGAGCCUCUCAAGUGGCAAUAUGUAGAUCAGUUUGUAUCUGACCCUGGGGAUGGUCAAAACAGCAUUGCAGGUCUUGCAUCAUCCGGAGGAAAACAUCAUAAAGAAAAGAAGGUUUUCAUUAGCCUAAUUGGUACAAAGGGAAUGGGAUGCAGUAUUUCCAGUGGCCCUACACAAAAACCUGGCAUUUUCAUAAGCAACGUUAAACCAAAUUCUUUGUCUGCUGAAGUAGGAUUGGAGGUUGGUGAUCAGAUUGUUGAAGUAAAUGGUACAGACUUCUCUAAUGUGGAUCAUAAGGAGGCUGUGAAGGUGUUGAAAAGCAGUCAAACCCUGACAAUCACUGUUGUAACUGGAGCUGGCAAGGAACUGUUUAUGACUGAGGAAGAGAGGCAAAGGGAAGAAUAUAACCAUGAGAUGGAGCGCCAGGAGUUAAUGCGUCAGAAGUGGCUUGCCCUGGAAACCAACAAAAUCCUGAAAGAACAGCAAGAAAAAGAAAAACUGCGGAAAAUGGAGAUUGCACAGAAGGCUAUUGAGGAAGAAGAACGAUAUUGUAAAGAAAUUGAACAGAUAAAGGCUGAGGAAGAGAAGUUCAAAAAGCAGUGGGAGGAAGACUGGGGUCAUAAAGAACCACUAAAGGCUUCCAAAACUGUAAUUGCAGAAGUACAUUCUCCACCUCGUCCUAAACAUCGAUUAGAUAUAGAGGAAACUGCAUUUGAUCAGUCUACAUCAAAUGAUACAACUGGAUUGAAGCUGAAGGAAAGCCAACAGGGCUUCCAAAAAUAUGUGGAGGACUUUGAUCCCUACACCAUGUUUUCACCAGAUCAGAUUAUGGGAAAAGAUGUACGACUCCUUCAUAUAAAAAAGGAAGGAUCAUUAGACCUCGCAGUAGAAGGUGGGAUUGAUUCCCCAGUUGGAAAAGUAGUGGUGUCUGCUAUUUAUGAGGGUGGUGCUGCAGACAAGCAUGGAGGUAUUGUGAAAGGAGAUGAAAUAAUGGCUGUAAACGGCAAGAUUUUGUUGGAUGCUAAGCUGGAUGAAGCUCGAGCAGCUCUUGCAAAAGCAUGGAAUGUGGGAGGGGAUUGGAUUGACUUGGUCAUUGCAGUGUCCCCUCCCAAGGAUUAUGAUGAUGAAAUGUAA